UAGGCAUGGCGGCCGCGCCUGGCUAUCUCUUGCUUUUUUGAUCAUAGCUAUCCUAACAGGUAUGAGGUAAUAUUGCAUUAUGACUUUGAUUUGUAUUUUCAUGAUGAUUUGUGAUGUUGAGCCCCUAGAAAAAGUAUUUUGGAUGGUAUUGGCUUCCCUGUUGCUUUGGGUGGUUCCAUUUAGCCUAGAUCAAAAUCACAUUGUAGACCAGAUGUUUGGCAUCCCUAGCCUGCAGUCCCUGAACUUGGACUCUCCUGGGACAGACCCCAGUUGGUGAUGGAUCCUAAACUUUGCUUUGGCUGAGUUCCUAACUUUUCUCCUCUAGUGAGGAGUUCAUAGGGAAGAGAUGUCAUAGGAAAACUGGUUUUAUAAUGUGAUGUCAGAAAGAAACGUUUGUCCUUGGCCAAGAAGUAUUUAUUGAUCCAAAAAGGGAAGAAGAGCAGAGAGCACUUCCCCAUCAUCGUUCAUGUUUGUCGGGUUUGUCAUGAGAAGCCCUCACUCCCUUCCCACCUCUCCCCUCCCUGUGCCUCUGGCUUACUUUUGACUCUCCCCUGUUAUCUAACCUGUCCUGAUGGAGCCGUGGUGGGCACACCGCAGUCUAAAUGGAAGUUCAGUCCCUCCAGAUUAUCAGUGUGAUGGACAGCUAACAGUCUGGGAAGUGGGAGAAAUUCUAGAACCCAAGGCUAUUACCCAUCCCCAACUUCCCACUUCCCACAAGCAUUCCACACCCAGCAGGUGAUAAGGAUGGGAUCAGAGGAUGCUCCCAAGAUGUUAUUAGCAGCCUCUGGCAGACAGGAGGGCAAAGAGCUGUUCACUGGACAUGGGAUGGGCUGGCGGAGCUGGCCAGACAGAACCCUGGGUGGACACAGAGCUAGGAAUAAGCCAGCCGGGAGACAUGGCAGAGAGGCACCAGUUACUCUCCCAGGUGAGUUAACACGCCACUGUUUCCGCUUCAUCUUUAUCCAGCACCCACCCCUCACCUUCCACAUCCUGAAGAGGAGAGAGGGGCAGCUGGAGGGCUUCCAUGCAGAUCCGGCUCUACACACAGGUUUGAGAACACACUCAGCAGUUUCUCAUCCUGGUCCAGACGAUAUUUAUAGAGGGACCAGUGACAUGGAGCUGGAAGCCUACUACUGGUGACUAAGGAGGGGGGCAAUGCCACCGGCUCAGCAGAGGGAAUUCCCUGUGGGGCUGUCCCUCAGGUCCUCAUCCCAACCCCCACCCGCACACUGCACUCACACCUGCUUCGACCCCAAGCAGAUCAGAUGUGGCGGUGGGGGGUCAUGUGACGGAGAGGGGGCUAUAAAUAGCUAGAGGUGGGCAUGCUGCCCCAGACGCCUUGGGGACAGCAAGAGCAGAGGCUUAAGGAGCUACACUGGGGGAAGGACAGGAGCAAGCAGGCCAAGGCCUGCCUGGGGAUCGGGGGGAGGGAACAUGGAACAAUCCCGGUCACAGCAGCAUGGGGGUGAGCAAAGCUGGUGGGGUAGUGCCCCCCAGUACCAGUAUAUGCCCUUUGAACACUGCACCAGCUACGGACUGCCCUCUGAGAACGGGGGCCUCCAGCACAGGCUCCGGAAGGAUGCAGGCCCCCGACACAACGUCCACCCCACACAGAUUUAUGGCCAUCACAAAGAACAAUUCUCAGACAGGGAAUGGGACAUGGGGAUGCCCAAGAAGACGGACUCCAGUUCUACUGUGGACAGCAAGGAUGAGGAUCACUACUCCAAAUGUCAAGAUUGUGUCCGCCGCCUGGGACAGAUGGUGAGAAGAAAGUUAGGGGAAGACUGGAUCUUUCUGGUGCUUCUGGGACUGCUGAUGGCCCUGGUCAGCUGGAGCAUGGACUAUGUCAGUGCCAAAAGCCUUCAGGCCUACAAGUGGUCCUAUGCUCAGAUGCGGCCCAGCCUUCCUCUGCAGUUCCUGGUUUGGGUCACCUUCCCACUCGUCCUCAUCCUCUUCAGCGCCCUCUUCUGCCACCUCUUCUCUCCCCAGGCUGUUGGCUCCGGAAUCCCCGAGAUGAAGACAAUACUUCGUGGGGUUGUCCUGAAGGAAUAUCUCACGAUGAAAGCCUUUGUGGCCAAGGUUGUCGCACUGACUGCGGGCCUGGGCAGUGGCAUCCCUGUGGGGAAAGAGGGCCCCUUCGUCCACAUUGCCAGCAUCUGUGCUGCUGUCCUCAGCAAGUUCAUGUCUGUGUUCUGCGGGGUAUAUGAGCAGCCAUACUACUACUCUGAUAUCCUGACGGUGGGCUGUGCUGUGGGAGUCGGCUGUUGUUUUGGGACACCACUUGGAGGUGUGCUAUUUAGCAUCGAGGUCACCUCCACCUACUUUGCUGUUCGGAACUACUGGCGAGGAUUCUUUGCAGCCACGUUCAGUGCCUUCAUGUUCCGAGUGCUGGCCGUGUGGAACAAGGAUGCUGUCACCAUCACUGCUCUAUUCAGAACCAAUUUCCGAAUGGAUUUCCCCUUUGACCUGAAGGAACUCCCAGCUUUUGCUGCCAUCGGGAUUUGCUGUGGGCUCCUGGGAGCUGUAUUUGUGUAUCUGCAUCGCCAAGUCAUGCUCGGUGUCCGAAAGCACAAGGCCCUCAGCCAGUUUCUUGCUAAGCACCGCCUGCUGUAUCCUGGAAUCAUUACCUUUGUCAUUGCCUCAUUCACCUUCCCACCAGGAAUGGGUCAAUUCAUGGCUGGAGAGCUGAUGCCCCGCGAAGCCAUCAGUACUUUGUUUGACAACAAUACAUGGGUGAAACAUGCAGGUGACCUCGAGAGCCUGGGCCAGUCGGCUGUGUGGAUUCACCCCCAGGUCAACGUUGUCAUCAUCAUCUUUCUCUUCUUCAUCAUGAAGUUCUGGAUGUCCAUCGUGGCCACCACUAUGCCUAUACCCUGCGGAGGCUUCAUGCCCGUUUUUGUGCUAGGAGCUGCAUUUGGAAGACUGGUAGGAGAGAUCAUGGCCAUGCUGUUUCCUGAUGGUAUUUUAUUUGAUGACAUCAUCUACAAAAUCCUACCUGGGGGCUAUGCAGUGAUUGGAGCCGCAGCACUGACUGGUGCCGUGUCCCACACAGUGUCCACAGCUGUGAUUUGCUUCGAAUUAACGGGUCAGAUUGCUCACAUCCUACCCAUGAUGGUGGCUGUUAUCUUGGCCAACAUGGUGGCUCAGAGCCUGCAGCCCUCUCUCUAUGACAGCAUCAUCCAGGUCAAGAAGCUACCCUACCUGCCUGACCUUGGCUGGAACCAGCUCAGCAAAUAUACCAUCUUUGUUGAGGACAUCAUGGUGCGUGAUGUGAAGUUUGUUUCAGCUUCUUACACAUAUGGGGAGUUGCGAACCCUGCUCCAGACCACCACAGUCAAGACUUUACCACUGGUUGACUCAAAAGAUUCCAUGAUCCUGCUGGGCUCGGUGGAGCGGUCGGAACUGCAGGCCCUCCUGCAGCGCCACCUGUGUCCUGAGCGCAGGCUGCGCGCGGCCCAGGAGAUGGCGCGGAAGUUGUCCGAGCUGCCUUACGACGGGAAGGCGCGGCUGACUGGGGAAGGGCUCCCCGGCGCGCCUCCAGGCCGGCCCGAGUCGUUCGCCUUUGUGGAUGAGGAUGAAGACGAAGACUUCUCUGGGAAGAGCGAGCUGCCUCCUUCCCCUGCUCCCCACUCCUCUCCUACUGUCCCCCUGUCCCCAGAAGAGCCCAAUGGGCCUCUGCCUGGCCACAAACAGCAGCCGGAAGCACCAGAGCCUGCAGGUCAAAGACCCUCCAUCUUCCAGUCCCUGCUUCGCUGCUUCCUGGGCAGAGCUCACCCCACAAAGAAGAAAGCAACCCAGGAUUCCACAGAUUUAGUCGAUUACAUGUCACCUGAAGAGAUUGAGGCCUGGGAGCAGGAGCAGCUGAGCCAGCCUGUCUGCUUUGAUUCCUGCUGUAUUGACCAGUCUCCCUUCCAGCUGGUGGAGCAGACAACCCUGCACAAGACUCAUACCCUGUUCUCACUCCUCGGCCUCCACCUCGCUUACGUGACCAGCAUGGGGAAGCUAAGGGGCGUCCUGGCCCUGGAGGAGCUACAGAAGGCCAUUGAGGGGCACACCAAGUCUGGGGUACAGCUCCGCCCUCCCCUUGCCAGCUUCCGGAACACAACUACAACUCGAAAGAGUCCCGGGGGACCCUCACCUUCUGCAGAGACCUGGAACCUGACUGAGAACGGGCCUGGGGACACUGGAGCAGGGGAUGUGACUGCUGCCUCCCCAGAGACCCCUGUGCCAUCUCCCUCCCCAGAGCCCCCUCUCUCCCUGGCCCCAAGCAAGGCAGAGGGUGAGCUGGAGGAGCUGGAGCUGGUGGAGAGUCCAGGGCUGGAAGAGGAACUGGCCGACAUCUUACAAGGCCCCAGCCUGCGAUCCACAGACGAGGAGGAUGAGGAUGAACUGAUCCUUUGAUCCCCUCCCAUGACCCCCUUAUAAAGACUGUCGAGAGGCCCAGCCUGAGGGUGGACUUAUGUGGGACAGGGUACACCUGAAUUUGGAAAGGUCAUGCCCAUGUCAUGGCCUCUUCUAGGAAUUUUUUUAAUGUGAUAGUGAUAGUCUUAAAGGAGGAAUCAGCAUUUAGGCAGGGAAGAGCCUUGGUCAAUUUUUUCGACUGUUCUCCCCAUUCCCAGCCUGGCAGGUGGCCCCAACCUUAGCGAAGGGCCCCUGAUAUUCCAUGGGGCUUCCUGAGUGUUCCUGGUGUGCAGGUAGGGAAUACCCUGCCUCCCCUCCCCCAACAAUUCCCCAGUGCUCUUGUCCCAGCACCUUGCUACCUGUGCUUCAGGGUCUCCAAGAGGUAGGGUAAGGGGAGGCCCAGAAUGACUGUGGCCCUGCAAGUGCCAUACUGGAGGAGGGGAUGGGACCAUCCAGUGGCCUCAGCCACUGACUACCCCAGAACGUGCCUCCAGGCCAGCCACAGCCGCUUCUCUUGGAGCCCUGCGCUGGCCCACAUCCGCUGCCGCUCCUGCAAUCUGCCUCUGACCCCUCCCUGGCUCCCACUGCCUGUCUCCAGGCCAGGCCGUUACUAGGGCAAUGAAAGGCCACCCACAUUCCCCCUCCGUUGUCCCCUGCUUCAAACAGUGAGAUGCAGAGAAAAAGACUAUCAGGGGCAGCAGCCUGGAAGAAAAGGUCGCUGACGGCUCUGUGUGAAAGAAGCAGGUGCCCUGUUGCCCAACAGUCCCGCCCCCAGGGUAUCUGCUGACUCCCUCUGGCAGAAAACCCUUCUAUUCCACAGCACAGCUUCCUCGCCCACCAGUGUCCAGGUUACUCCCUAGGAAACGCAUCCUCCCUCUCUCCACUGUAGUUAUUGACUCUCCUGCCAAAGGUCAGCUCUGCCCUGGAGCUGCUCUAGCCAGGGCCUCUCCUGCCAAGAAUCAGGGCUCAGAGCAGCUAGGUCACUGGGUCACUCAGACACCAGCCCCCUCUUAGACUAGUUCUUCAGAUGCCUGUCCUAGGGUUGGAGAGUUAGGAGUUGAGUGACAAGAUGGCAGGGCUCCGGAGUGCUGCCCACACUUGGGACAGUUACAUCUUCACCCUCCCCACAUCAGCAGCAGGAAGCCUGGCUGUGUGCUCCAUCAGCAUGCUUUCUCUAGAAAGGGAGGCCAGGUGCUGUGAGCAUCCCCAAACCCUUGCCCCAUACUCAAGGCUUUUCUCCCCCACCCUGCCAUCCCGUCUGCCUUAAUUCUGCCAUUGUGUCCCCUCUCCGACAUUCUCCUCCUUUUCCUCCCCUCUUCCCAGUCUCCUCCAUCCCCCAAAUAAGACACUCAUAGUCAGAGGAUGCCACCAUGUUCUGUUUAGUGUCAUUGAACACAGCCUGUAGCCUUCUCCAGCAUCACAUCCCUCCCACUUCCCCAGGCCAAGAGAGACACUGAAGCCUGGGGGGGAGGAACUGGCAGUGGGCAUUGAGCCCAUGCCCUUUUGUACAUAAUCUAUAAUAUUUAUAUAUAUUGAUAUAGAAUUCUCUCUGUAAUAUAUGUCAUAGAAUCUCUCUUGGGCCUGGGGUGGGAAUGUCACAUUAAGAAAACAUGCUAAGACUGGCCAUAAAAAUGGGUAUUUCCCAGACCUGGAAGAUGGUGUGUGGGAUGUAAAGGUGAGGUUGAGAAGAUAGUGAGCUCAUUCCCCAAGAUCCCCUCUUCAACACAGGGAUAAGAAGGAAGGUGUGUGGGGGUGGAGAGGACAAUGGAGGGGGAGGAGUGGAAGAUAUGGAUUUUCAUUUAAUAAAGUCAAUUGUAAACGAAAGUACACCCCCCC